CAUUUCGAUAUCUCCAAGAACACACCCAAAUAUGUACUGUGAGAGUGCUUCAGAAUCUGAUCUCAGCCUCUUGGACUCCAUUCGUCGGUAUCUUCUGGAAGAUGAUUCCGAUACAAUUCCGUUUGUGGAAAAUGUAGCAGAAAAUGAUCUUCUGUUUACGGUUGUUGAUGAUGCGAUUAAUGUUGAUCGAUGGAUGAACUUCGAUCAGUUGUUUGACGCGGCGGAGGACACAGUGGAUGUUAAUAAUGUUCCGUUUUCCAGUUCCGAAGUGACUUCUGAGAUAUCGGAGACCACUCCGACUGCGAGUGUCUCUGAAUCUCACGCGCCUCCGAAGAAGGUGCAUUAUAAGGGAGUUAGGAGAAGGCCGUGGGGGACGUAUGCGGCGGAGAUAAGGGAUCCAAAACGAAACGGUGCGAGGACCUGGCUCGGUACUUACGAGACUCCCGAGGAUGCUGCUCUUGCUUAUGACACUGCGGCUUUUAAAAUGCGAGGUGCGAAAGCCAAGCUGAAUUUUCCCCACCUCAUCGGCUCCGAUCUGGUGGAGCCUGUUAGAGUAGCCAAUAACAAGCGAAGAUCUCCGGAGCCGUCUUCCUCUUAUUCAUCGGCUCAGUUGCCAUCAUCUCCGUCGUCCACGGUAACGUUGGAUGAUAGAACUCCAAAUUUGAAACGGAGGAGGAAUGAGAUUAAUUGUCCGAUUAAAGCCGAGUUUGAACCAGAUAUGUAA